UGUUUUCUCAGUUUGGGAGCUUGCAGGACCCGUAGAAAGCACUUCGCGCAGCUCUUGACGUCAUCAGCAAGCGCCUUUCCCUCGCUCUCACUCUCUCCCUGCAGCUACUGAGCGUAGAGUGACGGAAAACGAAUAAGGCGCGUUUUCUCUGAAGUGGACGGACAUGGCCUCCGGUUUCUCUUUUGGUACCGCGGCGGCCAGCACUACUACACUGAACCCAACGGCCGCAGCUCCUUUUUCAUUCGGGGCAACUCCGGCAGCCAGUAACACUGGCACAACUGGAGGACUUGGUUUUGGCGCAUUUAAUGCAGCUGCAACCCCUGCAACAACUACAGCUACAACAGGCCUUGGGGGAGGGCUUUUUGGAGCAAAACCUGCCGCUGGAUUUACAUUGGGUGGAGCAAAUACAGCCACUGCUACAACAACAGCAGCUUCCACAGGUUUUAGCGUUGGUUUCAAUAAACCAGCAGGAUCUGCCACCCCCUUCUCUCUUCCAGUUACUUCUACCUCUUCUGGGGGCCUCUCCUUGGCAUCUGCUCUCACGUCUACUCCAGCCACAGGGCCCUCUCCAUUUACAUUAAACUUGGGUAGUACACCUGCCACAACUACAGCAGCCGCCACUGGCUUGUCACUUGGUGGAACCCUGACUGGGCUUGGUGGGUCACUGUUUCAAAACACAAAUCCUUCAGCAACAGGGCUUGGCCAGAGCACACUGGGCCAAAGCACACUGGGCCAAAGCACACUGGGCCAGAGCUUACUGGGCCAGAGCUUACUGGGCCAGAGCUUACUGGGCCAGAGCACACUGGGCCAAAGUACACUGGGCCAGAGUUUACUGGGCCAAAGCUUACUGGGCCUUGGUUUAAAUUUAGGAGCUGUAGCCCCUGUCUCACAGGUUACAACACAUGAAGGACUUGGAGGUUUGGAUUUCAGCAGCUCUUCUGACAAAAAAAGUGACAAAGCCGGUACCAGACCAGAGGAUAGCAAAGCACUUAAAGAUGAAAAUCUACCUCAGUUGUUAUGUCAAGAUGUAGAAAAUUUCCAGAAAUUUGUGAAGGAGCAGAAGCAAGUCCAGGAGGAGAUCAGCCGAAUGUCCUCCAAAGCAAUGCUGAAAGUACAAGAAGACAUUAAGGCAUUAAAGCAGCUGUUAUCUGUUGCAUCCAGUGGCCUCCAAAGGAAUGCAUUGGCAAUUGACAAGCUGAAAAUUGAAACAGCUGAGGAACUUAAGAAUGCUGAAAUAGCUUUAAGGACACAGAAAACACCUCCGGGGCUUCAGCAUGAAAAUACUGCUCCAGCAGAUUAUUUUCACACACUGGUGCAGCAGUUUGAGGUUCAGUUACAGCAAUACAGACAGCAAAUUGAGGAACUGGAGAACCAUCUAGCAACACAGUCAAAUACUUUGCAUUUGUCUCCUCAAGAUUUGUCCAUGGCAAUGCAGAAGCUUUACCAAACAUUUGUGGCCUUAGCUGCCCAGCUUCAGGCAGUGAAUGAAAACUUUAAGAUGCUCAAAGAACAGUACCUUGGCUACCGGAAAGCGUUUUUGGGCGAUUCAACAGAUGUGUUUGAGGCGAGGCGAGCAGAAGCAAAGAAGUGGCAGAAUGCGCCUCGUGUUACCACAGGCCCCACCCCCUUCAGCAACAUACCAAACGCCGCUGCCGUUGCAAUGGCCGCAACAUUAACGCAACAGCAGCAGCCUACCACAGGAUUUGGAAGUAGCUCUGCUUUUGGUGGCAACACCUCUGGCUCAUCUUCCUUUGGCUUUGGAACGGCAAAUAAACCAUCGGGAAGCCUAAGUGCAGGGUUUGGCAGUACAUCUACAUCUGGAUUUAACUUCAGCAAUCCUGGCAUCAAUGCAUCAGCUGGCUUAACCUUCGGAGUAUCCAACCCUUCAUCUACAAGUUUUGGGACAGGACAGCUGCUUCAGCUUAAGAAGCCUCCAGCUGGAAACAAGAGAGGGAAACGAUAGACCUGUUUUUGUUUUGUUGUUUUGGUGACCUUUCUACUUGUUAUUACACAAAAUAAAUCUAUUUUU